AUGACGACAUGUAGUCAGACAAAGGCCACACAAAAAGGCAGUUCCACGACGGGAUCCUACAAGUUUAAUUCACUAACUUGCGAACUUCUUGCUCCAGAAUUUGGUUAUGUUAAGGAGUGUCAGAUCAAGGCAAUCGAUCGAAAGCACAACAUGAUGAACAUUGAAGCGGUUCUAAAUAAGACUAUAUCAGAGUUUGAAAUCCAUUUUAAGCUCGUUAAACGCGAAAUUGGCGGUUGGCAUCCUUUUUUGUACGAUAUAAGAAUGGAUAUUUGCCAAUUUUUUAAAAACCGAAGGAAGUUUUUUAUACCAAAUGUAAUAUAUUCCUUUUUACAAUCAUUUACAAAUGUUAAUCACACUUGUCCAUACUUGGCUGGGACAGAGAUGCGACUGUGGAACUGGAGUCCGGAAGAAGAUGGAGUGUUAUCCAAAUUUCCAGUAGACCAUGGUCAGUAUGGGUUACAUACAACCUGGUACGUCAACAAAGUCGCAGCACUCAAAAUAAAUGGGUCUGUUUUAUUUUUUAAGUGA